UUUUGACGGACGUUUAAAAAUCGACUGAAGUUAUUGUGUGCGCGCGCAAUUUUUGUUUUCGUCGUUCUUAUUUUUGAUACUUUAUUCAUUUCGUGCAAGCCGUCGUACACUACUGCAUGCCUGCUGCAGUUAUUCGCGAACGUGUGUGUGUGUUGUGCUCAGCUUGUGUGUAUGUGUAUGUCGCCUACCUACUGCAGCGCAGACAACAAAAGAAAUUUUGCCGGUCCACCUUCGUUGCUUCCUUGCCCUUGCCCAAUGCCGUUAUUCGCACUGCCAAAAUAACAAAUCGAAUUUUUCGCAUACUCGUAGAAGAUAGAAGAAGUUGAACAUUUUACAACUCAACUCUCGCUCAACCACACAAUUUUUGGACCAAUAAAUUCAACACAAUGGCCUUAAUAAGACUGGCAAGACAACUGGGCCUGAUUGACACAUUGUAUGUGGACGGCGCCCAACCUGAUCCUGCCAACGAAUUGGACGACUUGCACAACGAGGGUGAUAUAAGCAUCAACGGUGCCACCGAAGCCACAGCCACAGCUCCCGUCAAGACAAAGAAAUCGCGCAAAUCCAAACAGUUGGCAAUGCAGCCCUUCACCUAUGUGAUUGCCGUUGACUUUGAGGCCACGUGUUGGGAGAAACAGGCGCCACCCCAAUGGCGUGAAGCCGAGAUCAUAGAAUUCCCAGCUGUGCUGGUUAAUCUGAAGACGGGCAAAAUUGAGGCCGAGUUCCACAAGUAUGUGAUGCCAAUUGAGUCGCCACGCUUGAGCACAUACUGCACCGAGCUGACAGGCAUAGAGCAAAAGACUGUUGACACUGGCGUCCCACUGCAGACGGCACUGAUGAUGUUCCACGAGUGGAUGCGCAAAGAGUUGCGGGCUCGCAACCUGUUGCUGCCCAAAAUGCACAAAUCCAAUAUACUGGGCAACUGUGCAUUCGUCACAUGGACCGACUGGGACUUUGGCAUCUGUCUGCACAAGGAGUGCACUCGCAAACGGAUGCGCAAGGCACCGUAUUUCAAUCAGUGGAUCGAUGUGCGUGCCGUGUAUCGCGAGUGGUACAAGUAUCGGCCGUGCAACUUCAGUGAUGCCCUUUCCCAUGUGGGUUUGUCAUUUGAGGGACGCGCACAUUCGGGGAUCGAUGAUGCCAAGAAUCUGGGUGCGCUUAUGUGCAAAAUGGUUAGAGAUGGAGCACUCUUCUCCAUCACCAAGGAUCUGACGCCAUAUCAGCAGCUGAAUCCCAACUGUGUAUUGUGAGCCAGCUGAGCGAGCGAGCGAGAACUCCCUCCAAAGCGAAAACAAAACAAAAAAAAGAAAAUAAUAAAAUAAAGGCACUUAGUUACUGACUUUUAAUAA